CGAGAACACGACGAGACCACGCGUGUGCAUGGUUUAGCUCGAGAAAAGCUGAGUCAAACUCUUCAGUGCAGGUGACGAAAGAAGCCGAUUAGUGUAGUGCUGUAGCUGCUUCAGCUGAGAAGAUCUUCAGCCACAGCUUCCGACGGCAUGGAUAAAAUCUUCAGCGGUCUUAAGGGCUUCAUCAAGCUCGACAAGCUCUCGAUCGACAAUCAUGUGUUCAGACUUCACUACAAAGUCACCGUGGCCCUCCUGAUGGGCUUCUCGAUCCUGGUCACAUCGAGGCAGUACAUCGGCGAUCCGAUCGACUGCAUUUCAAAAGAUUCGGUGCCGUCGAAAAUCCUCGACAGCUUCUGCUGGAUCCACUCCACCUUCAGUGUGAAGCACGCUUGGCACAAGAAGGUGGGCAGCCAAGUACCAUACCCCGGCGUUGACAAAUACACUCCCGGAGAGGAACGAGUGUACCAUGCGUACUAUCAGUGGGUGUGCUUCGUGCUGUUCUUCCAAGCUGCACUGUUCUACGUUCCGCGUUACCUGUGGAAAGCCGCCGAGGGCCGCAAGAUCAGCUCGCUGGUCAUGGACCUAUCGGAUCCGAUAAACGACGACAAAAAGCGAAACGAUGAUAUCGAUAUCCUUUGCCGUUAUUUCCAAGAGAACCGCGGAUAUCACCGAGGAUACGUUUUCUACUUCUUCUUGUGUGAAUUUUUGAAUUUCAUCAACGUCGUCGGGCAGAUCUACCUCGUCGACAACUUCCUCGGCGGUGAAUUCUCUACGUACGGCUCGAAAGUAUUCCAAUUCACCGAAUGGGAUCCAUCGGUUCGUUUCGAUCCCAUGAUCCAGGUGUUCCCUCGCCUGACCAAGUGUACCUUCCACAUGUACGGAUCGUCUGGAGAUGUUCAGAAGUAUGAUGCCAUGUGCAUCCUGCCUAUUAACAUCAUCAACGAGAAAAUCUACGUUUUCAUGUGGUUCUGGUUCCUCAUCCUGGCGUUCGUGUCCGGCUUCAUGAUCAUCUACCGUGCCUUGAUCGUAUUCUAUCCACCUGCGAGAUACCACGUCCUGGCUGCCCGCGCCCGUCUCGCCGAAACCAAAGAUCUCUACACGAUUUGUCACGAAAGUGAUUUGGGCGAUUGGUUCUUGGUGAGCCUACUAUCGAAGAACCUCGACUCGGUGGCGUACAGGAUGUUCGCCCGUAAGCUCCGUGAGCAACUCGAAGAAAACGCAAAAGGAUCCAAACCCUACGCUCAAGCGACCGUUUGACUUUUGGACGCCGCUGAAGACAACACCUCGUCGGUGGAAUCGUGCGCGAUGACCAAGUACGAAUCCUCCAUCUUCACUAGCUCUCCUCAAACAUCUAACUCUUCUCUGGACAAUAAGCCAUCCGCGCCAUUCGUUUCUUCAUCUGUUUAGAAAAUAAUCGAAACAAGAGAAAUAACGCCAAGCUCAUAGAGGAGUCCAUCACCGCCGCAACCACUACGUAUAGUCUCAGUUCUCGGUUGAGAGACGCCUUCGCGAAACGAGAAAAGGUCCAGGCCGGAAUUUCAGUCUCUCUGUCUGUUCGUCGUUUCCAAGCAGCAGCGAACGUGGAGCGUCGUCGGAAGAUUUGUGUCGCUUCUCGAUCGCACCCCACCGAAAACUCGCGAUGCUGGAGAUUGAAGUCGGCCUUACGUGACAAACUUGACGCGCCCGGCCCAAACCGAGGAUAGACUUUGCACCAAAAUUCCAUUCAUCACUCGAUCACGAGACGAGUGAACCGACGACGAACGUUCCACGAGAUGCCGUUGAAGCAAACCCCCAACCCAUCAAACUCACAAUUGUGCCCACUUUUACCCAAGCCCCCCUAUUCGAUUCGAUAUGAAACCCCUAAUACACACACGUUCACGCUUAUAUACCGCGCAUAUACAUCUCAUUACAACUUACAACACAUCAGAUCAAAGUUGAGUAUAGAUUCUAUUUUUGAUACCUCUCGUGAAUUGAUAAUAGAGGAGACAACUGUAAUCAUAACGAAGACAAGCGUGAGUCUUGGAAUGAAUGCGACCGCCGUGUUUCUCAGAAAUGUUGGAGCAUCAAUGCGAGGACUGAACCCUCUCAUGUGUGUGUGUGUGCGCAUGUGAGCCUGGAUGUGUGAGAAAGGUCCGACAAUAUCGGACUUCUGGUGAUGGUUCUUCGGAGCUGGUUCGGCGCCCCGGGUUUUCUACAAUGCGUUUCCGGCAGUGUCUCUUUUCGCCUCCCAUGCGAACGCUCGAACGAAAGAGUGAGCCAGCAGCGAGCGGGCAAGCGAGAAAAAAAAAGUAGAAAGCGAACAGGCGAAGAGGAAUAGAGCCGCGGCCGCAACCCACUGACUAGAAAUGGGACUGCCGAGAUGGCUGCCGCUGCUUAGCUGACCGGCGAAUCAGCCAGCCGCUGCCGGCUCUCCUUCCUCUAAAAAUAGCUGUUCGAUGAAAAUCCGAACCGGCUACGACAACUGCUGGAUCGUUUCGAGAGAACCCGCGCGAGCCCCCAAUCCGAGCUUUUCUUCUGUCGAGCGCUCCUGCGCUCAGCGCAUCUUUUAUUUUCGCUUUACGUCUUCAGUCGGCCCAACGAUCACAUUAUGUAUCACCCUCAUUUCGAACGCCCUCUUAAACCGCUGUUGAAGCGCUGCUCAGUUGGUAAUGUUUGUCUCUCCUUCACGGUUCGGUGUUCACCUCUAAAACCCAAUCGUUGGAAAACCGACGACCAGCCGUCAGAUCAGUAUACGUGCCGUCCGAUUGCGACGGCACCAUCUCAAUCGACCUACGACUACCUACUUAGUUAAGCAAUAACGCACUCGGCAAUCGAAAACCUCGAAUUUUAGUCCGAUGUGUAUCUUCCAUAGUAUUUGAGUAUGAUUAAGAUAUUCAUUAUUUCGAAACGCGACCCUAACAGUCUUGUGUUCGUGCGUGUGUUUUUAUGUCGACGAUAGAGCGUCGUCGACGCCGAUUUCGCUGAACGGAAUCUUCUCGUCGUCCUACAACUCGGAGUGUCCCUCGAAAACGGGACAGAAACGGGACGGAAUCGUGUGAAAAAGAAGUGUUCUCUGAAGAAUGAGUUUCCGAUGGAAGGAUGUAAAGGAGCUCCUUGACUUGAUCAUCGAAGGAGCUAGUUUUAACAAAGUUGGAUACUUUUAUACUGCUCAGACACCGAUGAUAAUCGCAAAGAUUGCAUCAUCUUCGGGGAAAUCCGAGCGAAUCAAACGACUCAACAGAAAACUUAAACGCUUCGAUUAUCCAUCGAUGUAUGAAAAACGGAAUGUGAACCAAUAUCAAUACUACCAGUAAUAAAACAAUUUAUGACGAGUGUUGUCAUUA